AUGGCCGAUGAGCUGCCUGUUGACCCGGAGGUAAUACUUCGUCCAAAGCUUGCAGUUUUGCGGCAACGCCCAAAGUUGGCAACGGCACUGAUCCCGAUAUGCAGUCAAACAACACGGGGUCCAGGGUAUGUCCUGCGUGUACUGCGGCGUGGGCAAGUUCAGCUGAACGUAUUUCACUACAAUGCAGCCGUCUCAUGCUGCCGUCUUGGGCAAUGGAAGCAGGCAGCUGACAUGUUUCUUUCCACAACGCGCCACACAGCCGACCCAAACACGGUUACCUACAACACGAUGUUGAGUGCCCUGGACGUUGCUGGCAAGUGGUCCCUGGCCGUUGCUGUUGCCUCCACUGCAGCGACUGCCCUCGACAUUGUCAGCUUUAACACAGUUCUCUCUGCACUGUCUCGAAGAGCCUUAUGGGCAGCAGCUACUCGCUGGCUUUGCAGCAUGCGCAUCCAACGCGCACCCGAAGACAGCAUCUCUUUCAAUUCCACAUUGACCGCCUUUGGACGGCGAGGACUCUGGGCAAAGGCGCUGUCGUUGUUUGCAGAGCUUAGACGAACGUCCCUGCAAGCUGACGCAGCUACUGAAGGAGGUCUUCUCGCGAUGUUGCACGCGAUGGAGCAGAAGGGGCAGUGGCAAAGAGCAGCUGUUCGUUUGAACGCCGCGGCCGAAGACGGUGCUUGUUAUCGCUUGCGCGCCGUCAGCGCAGCCACCUCUGCAUGUGAGAAGGGGACUGCUUGGGAAUUUGCUGCAGCUGUGGUGGGAGAGACCAGCUCCAAGGGCCUCAGGCCAGAUGAAGUCUGCAUCAGCGCCAUGGUAAGUGCACUGGAAAACUGCAGUCGGUGGCAGGCUGCAUUGGCAGCCGUGUCACUGAUGCCUGCCGGCGGCUUGAGCACUGACGUGGUCAGCUGCAGCAGUGCAAUCAGCGCCUGUGAGAACGCUUGUCGCUGGACAGUGGCUGCGGUGCUUCUGCGGCGCUUGGCUAACUUGAGCUUGCUACCGUCACUCAUCACAUUCAACUCCAUCACGCUGACAUGUGCACGGGUGGCUCUCUGGCAAACAGCGCUACACUUACUGCGGCUGCUGACUCCGUACAGUGCUGACCGGACAAGCUUCAACGCAGCUCUUGUUUCACUUGCCCCCAAAGGGAAGUGGCAGCAAGCGGCAAGACUAGUGACCGACAUGAUGUCACAAGGGGAGUUGCCGGAUGAUCUCAGCUGCGACUCUGCUUUCACUGCAUGUGCGAGGGCAUCUCAGCCACUUGCCGCAGUCGCUUACUUGGGGACUGUGCAACAUUUCGGGGAGAGCCUUCUGUGUGCCGAGGAGCGAAAAUGA